AUGGGCGCAGUGCAGUCUUGGUGCUGCGGGGUAAAGGGUCGGGAAGAAUUACAGCCCGGCAAGCGGCGAGCUAAUGGCUUUACACAUGAACGGGACGGACAUGCUGCUGGUUCGCGAGCACCGAUAAAGUUGCAGGGUCCAAUGUACAGCAAUGGGAAUAUUGAGUCUAAAUACGAAUUGCUAGGAGAAAUUGGUCAUGGAGGCACGUCCAUUGUGUACAAAUGCCAAAAUCGACGCACUGGAAUGACGCACGCUUGCAAAAUUAUCGAUCGACGUGCCGUCGAACGGGAGCACAAUGUUGUAAUGGAACAAUUUCAAGUCGAGAUCCAAGUGCUGCAGUCAUUAAAACAUCCUAACAUUAUCCACAUUGAAGAUGUCUUUAUAUCCGAUUCUAAGAUCUGCAUGGUUACGGAGUACAUGGGUGGAGGCGAAUUAUUCGACUAUGUUGUUGAUAGGGGAACGUUGUCUGAGGUUGAAGCAAGCAGCAUCGUCCGCCAGAUCACGUCGGCUGUGGCCUAUUUGCACACGCGCGGAAUUAUUCACCGAGAUUUAAAGCCAGAAAAUCUGAUGCUGACGAGCAAGUCGCGUGGUGCCGCCGUGAAAAUCAUCGAUUUUGGACUAGCGAAGCUGCUGGACGCCGAUGACAAGACGGCUUCAUUUUUGGGAACAAGAGGUUAUCUUGCGCCAGAGAUGUUGCAGCGCCAAGCAUACUCCAUGUCCGUUGAUAUGUGGGCGCUAGGGAUCAUCGUGUAUGUCUUGCUGUGUGGAUGCCUGCCGUUUGACGAUGACGGUGGCAAAAUCGCCAGUGAAAAAGCUGCUCGAGCAAAAUUUGGUCUUCGCUUUCCGCGCUGGGCAAGCGGCUUAUCCGAGAGUGCAAAAGAUUUACUUCGCAAUCUUUUAGAGAUAGACUCAGCUGAUCGGUACACGGCAGAGCAGACGCUGGCACAUCCGUGGGUCACUGGCGCUCGCACACCUAACAAAUUUCUCAAGUCUCCGAAUUACCUGCGCUCGAUCAAGCAAGAGCAAGUAAGCCAAAAGAUUAAUGGCCGCAUACCACCUGCAAUUGGCCAUGUCAUCGAAGACAAUGCACCUGCGAUAAGCGUGCGGAGACAGUCGCGCUGA